AUGACUAUCAUGCCAACCGUAGGAGAAGGUGAUGCCAACAACGAUUCAAUCGACGAGGAACAAUAUGGUAAUCCGGAUAAAUCGUCAGAAGAAGAACGUGAGCAAAUCAAGGAACAAGUUGACACUGCUCUUUCUGCUGGUGCAGAGAAAGCAGAAGGAUUAGUCGAAACUGAGUAAUUUUUAUUGUUUGUAAGGUUCACAAACUGUUAGGAGUCUGCGAUUGCUCUAAAAUUAUCUUUCUUAGGGCAAAAUUUACAUUCUUACGAGCACAAGCCUCCAACUCUUUUCUCUAAUUAGCUAAAAAUGUUUUUUAACGAAAAUUAAAGUUCAUAAUAUAAGCAGAUUCCUAACAAUUAGAACCAUUUUUUGUUUCUUUUUUGUUCUUUUUCAAUAAAUUUUUGUGAAAAAAAAAGUGUUUUUGAUUUGAAAAAAGUCGGGAAAAAUGAUCAAAAAAUGGUGAAAAAUUGGUGGGAAAAAAUUGAAAAAUUGACCAAAAAAUGGUGAAAAUUUUUUUGGUGCAUUUUUGGUCAAUUUUUGUUCAAAAUUUUUUGACCAAAAAUUGACCAAUUUUUGGUCAAACUCCCAGCACCAGUGAUUAAACUUCUGAUAAAUGAAACGAGAAUGAUGAAUCAAAAGAUGCUCGAGACUGCGAUUUUCAAAUAUCUUUCGGGACAUUUUCAUUGCAAUGUUGAAGAUAAAUUGAUUUUGGAUAGGGAAAUAUGUUUUGAAAAACUACGAGAGCACGUGAGAAAAAGGUUUUCUGAGCCAGAAGUUAUUGAAACCAUUUUUGAUUCUAACAACAAAUAUCAAGUAAUUAUGAAAACCGAAAUCCACGUCGAACAAGAUAAUCUACAGAUUUGCAGGAUUGAGAUGUUGCACACUGAAAGAGCUAUGCUAUUCGAUCUCCGAUUAAACUAUUUCAAGCUAAACUGUAUGAAAGAAAUUAACAAUACUGAAUUGUGUUGAAAAAAAGAAUUUAAUUUUGGAUUUUAGUGAAUUUUUUUGUCAUUUUUCACAAGUCAUAAACAUUUGUGUUUCUCAAAAUUUAUAGACCCCAGUCAUUAUUUUGCCUGAAUAAACAUGCUCAUCAUCAAAUUUUCGCUAUUUUUCAAUUUUAUUACCGCCGAAUAUUUGAAAGAUUGGUUCUAUAGAAAACACAAAAACCAAGAGGAUCAUUAUGUAAAUUUGAAUUAUACAUCGGAUGAAUUAAAAACAAUAUUCAGUUUUAUGGAACCUGAGAGUUUCCUUACAAACGAUGUUGAGAAACUUAAUUCAGAGCUAGUCAGAAGAAUCAAGAAUAAACAGGUGAACCAAGUAAAACAUUUGUUGAAGGAUGGGUUUGAGAUUGAAGGAAUGGAUAAGGACGACUUCAUAAACCUUGUUAAGAAUUCGACUAUUCCGGAAAUACUUCCGAUGGAGGUCUGGAGAAAUAAGGGCACUCUACACAUUCGUUCACAGUACAAAUUUAUGACCGACACAACUUUCUGUGUAAUUUACACGGAUAAUGGUGUGGAUAGAAAUGAUUCGCAUAUAACAUUGCUGAAUGUUAUCGUUGAUUGUAAAAAUUUGACAAAGUCCUUCAAAGAAUUCGAGUUACGUCGUGGAUAUCGACGAGCCAUUUUUGCGGAAUUGGUUGAUAGUAAAAAGUAUUUUGCUAAUCUCACUGCUGAAGUAAAACUUAUGAAUAGAAUAAUGAUCGAAGGAGGAGAUGAUAUUUACAAUUAUCUUGUUUAUCAGUUUGAUUGUUGGAUUGAUGAUCAAUAUAUCAAUGAAAAAGAUAAAUGCUUUUCAAUUCUUCGGUAUAAUAUAAAAAACGAGCUUCCGACUCCUGAAGUUGUUUAUACAACUUUGAAUUUUACAAGAAAAUAUCAUUCAACAUUGCAAACUGAGAUUUUGAUUGAAAGGCAAAAACUUCCAAUUUGCCGACUUCAGAUGUUACAUACUGAACGAGCUGUACUUCUAGAUUUCCGUCUCUAUUCAUUUAUAUUAAACUGUCAACUUGAAAACGGCGGAAAGUUGCCAGAAGCAAAUGCAGAUAAAUUCUACGAAUCACAUGCAACAUCUCUAAUGCAGCGCAGAACUUUGAAUCGAUGGUUUUCCAGAGAUUCUUGGAAAACUCAUAAACCUUUGAGAUACAAGGAAUAUUUGUAUAAUAAAUAUCUUUUCGAAGAUGUUACUCGAAUCAAUGAGGAGAUUGUUCAAAGAAUAUUUGUGGAUGACUACACAGGAGCGAGUAAUUUGAUGGCUAAAGACUUCAAAACAUCUAUAAAAGACGAGAAUGGUCGAGAUGGUUAUGACGAUGAAACCUUUUUCAAAAUGUUCAAAUAUAAUGAACGUGCACCAUUCAUCCCAAAACCAAGGAAUACUCAGGUUUUCUAUAAUUUCACGGACCCCAGAGUUAUUUCAAAAAUUAUUUCUGAUUAUAAAUGGAAUUUUGGCGAAUCGAGUUGUUCAUACAAAAUGUAUAACAACGAAAUGAAAGGAACAUUAUAUUUGCCAUUGGUUCAAUUGGAAAUGUUUUGUCAAAAAGUGCCCAGGUUACAUAGUCUCGAUAGGGAGAAACAUUAAAUUCUAUAUUUAUUCUAUAGUUCAUUUCUAUUUUUCUACAUUUAUGAACAAUAUUUUAUAUAUUUUCGGUUCGCUAUAGUUUUCUCCAAAAAAUAAAUGCACUUUCAUUUAAUGUUUUAGUCUUUUUGUUGCUGUGAGCUAUUCAAUUCUGAAAUAAAGAUGUGCUUUGCUUCGUCUUUUCAUUUAUUCGUUUUGUUUCCGAAAGAUGAAACGUUUAGAUUUACAAGGAAUCCGUGGACUGGCUAUUCUAUCAGUUCUAGGUUUCCACCUUUUCCCAACAAUUUUUCCGAAUGGCUAUUUAGGAGUUGAUCAAUUUUUCGUGCUCUCUGGAUUUCUAAUGUGUAUGUUAUUAUCAAAAAGUGAGAAAACUGAGCAAUCAACAACUGAACUUAUCAAAAACUUCUACAUUCGACGACUUCGACGGAUUCUCCCUCUAUACUAUCUCAUAACCUUACUUGCCCUAAUAUUUCUAUAUUUUGGUUUUCCUGACAAUGCAAUUGAGCCUAAUGAGAAAUCCGCGAGUAAAGCUCUGAUUUUCUUGUCAAAUCGGAUGAAAACUGAUGAAGAAAAUUAUUUUGAAAUGCUCUCGAUCGCUGUCGAUAUUUUCACACAUACUUGGUCACUUUCAGUUGAAAUUCAAUUUUAUUUCCUGGCUCCAUUCAUAUUUCUGAUUCCUUCUAGAACUGCAUCACUGAUUUAUCUUUCAAUUGGAAGUUGUAUCUAUUUCUAUCAUUUAUCGCCGAGUGUUGCGUUUUUAAGUGUGUUUGCAAGGAUCUGGCAGUUUUUGUUAGGAAUGUUGGCUUACAUUUUGAGUGAAUCUCAGGGUAAAUCGUAUAUGUUAGUGGAAGAUUCGGAAGAACAGUUAGAACUACAAAUAGAGGAAGACAUGAACAUCGAGAAGAAGUUAUAUGGUAAAUUAUUCGAGUUGGUGCUGCAAAAAAUCCAGAUGCAUUCUCUGAAGUCUUAUUAUCCAAAUAUACGAUCAGGAAUGACGAUUUUUGCCAUCUUGAUAACAUUCAAUCAAUUACCAUUUCCAAAGGAAUUUGUGAGGUAACCCUGCAAAACUUCGGGAGACUAAUAAAACCAUGAACUCUUUUUAGACCCCUGAUAACAAUUCUAACUGCUGGGCUUAUAAUCAUUCCCAAUGAUGAAAACAACAAAUUUCUUUCAAACAAAGUUCUAACUUAUAUUGGAGACAUUUCUUAUUCAUUAUAUUUGAUACAUUGGCCAAUUUAUGCCUACUGGAAGCUCACUAAAAAUGGAAGUCUUGUAAAUUUAUUCGAUUCGAUAAUGAUUUCCAUUAUCCUUGCGAUGAUAAUUCAUAAUUAUUUUGAAAAAUGGUAUAUCAGUUUAUCAAAUCGAAAUGUCACAAUUUUAACAGCUGCUCUUUUCUUGAGCAAUGUUAUGAUUUUAAACUAUGAAUCAAUUAACAAUUUUUUCACUUAUAAUGUGAAUUUAUCAAAUAUUAGUCGAAUGGAUGGAGUUACUUCAAAUAUGACACUUGAUGAUGCUGAGAAAUUGAACUAUGAUUGGAGUGUUCAUGAUACGAGAAAUAUGAUUUUUGAAAAAUGCACUUAUCAAAAUUCAAAACCACAUGGCUGGUGUAGAAUCACCGCUUCUCAGAAUGAAUCAAGAACUCUGAGAAACAAAUAUAAAAUAAUGAUUAUUGGUAAUAGUUGGGCUGCUGGUCAUACCAGAUUAAUAUAUCAGGAAUGUGGAUAUAAGGCAAAAAUGAUGUUUUCUGGUGCAGCUUAUGCAUGUGAACCACUUUAUCCAUCAGAUCAGUCAGAAACGUGUAAGCACAAUUUAUCUGAUUUUCAAAAACAUGUGGAAGAUUUCAAACCGGAUUAUGCAUUUCACAUUACCAGGUACUAGAAAUGUUUUAUAGGUUGAACUAGGAAAUUCCAUAUUUCAGACAUAUUUCGUACGGUGAACCUUUUCACAAAAAUGGAGACUUCGAGAGCGACACAAUUUAUAAUAUCAUGUUGAAUCAAACUAGAACACUAUUGACAAAUAUCAAAAAGAAGUUUUUCAUUUUGAAUGCGAUUCCAAAAAUUAAUGGUGGAGAAGUUGGGCAGAUUGUGAAAUAUUUUAGACAGAAUAUGACUUUUGUAGAGAUCGAUGUGAGUUAGAAUAACUCUUUAUUGUUUCAUUUUUUCGAUGUUUCAGAAAAAGAUGACAAGUGAAAUAAAGUACAAAAAUGCGCGGGAAAGAUAUUCUCAACUUGUCGAAGAUUGCGGUGGAAAAUGUGAACUGUUCGAUUAUCUUCCAAAAUUUUAUCGGAAUGAUACAAAAAAAUGGCGAUUUUUCGAUGAUCGUGGAUUCAGUUAUAUGACUUAUGCGAAUCAUUUAUCAUUCCAUGGUUUUGAACAUAUUCGAGAUAUUAUUAGGGGAAUUUGUGAGAAAAUGUGA